CUAACCUUCCCCAAACUCCCAGGAGCUUAAGCAGUCAGCAAUUCCCCUCAAGAACAGGUGGCAAUGGCACUCAUGUUCAAGGUCAUGUGACGCCUACGAGUGUAGGAAUGCCAAAUUUCUCGCCAUGUCUUCCCAAUAGCUUACCUCCACAGCAGCAUUCUCCAAAUAGAAGUAUACCAACAUCUGAUGACAGUUUCAGUAAGAGAGAAAGGAGUUCUAUGUUCAAUGUUGGUGUAGGUUCAAUUGCAGCGAUGGCAAAUCGAACGGGCUUUUCUUCAAGCAGCAGGGGGUUUCCACUACCAGGUUUAAUGAAUAACAGUAUGCAGCCAAACAACUUUUCUACAAGCCCAGCAUUAGACUUGUCAGAAUUUCCUUCAUUAACAAAUCGAAGUACACAAGAAAAUUCUAAUGCAAGUAUGUCGCACAACCCAAUGGCUGGACGACCUCCUUACGUUGGGAUGGUUAAACAACCUACAAAUGAAUCAAAUGAAUUUCAAAUUCAUAGUGAAGACUUUCCAGCAUUACCUGGUUCUCAAACUCAAGACAGUAGUCAAGAAAAUGUAAAUAAAUCAAACUCUGGUAGAUGUUUAGAGUCAUCCAAAGAUUCUAAUCAUUUUUCUAAUGACAAGUCAAGUAAUCCAUCCCAAAAAAGAGGAAUACAGACUUCUAAAGAUGGCAGGGUUACCAACAUUCCACCAGGCAUGGUAACAGACCAGUUUGGUAUGGUAGGAUUAUUAACUUUUAUUAGAGCUGCCGAAUCCGAUCCUAAACUGGUCUCAUUAGCGUUAGGUAGUGACUUAACUACACUUGGUCUUAAUCUUAAUACAACAGAAAACCUUUAUCCCAAUUUUGCUGGUCCCUGGGCUGAACAUCCUUGUCGGCCUCAAGACAUUGAUUAUCAUGUUCCCUCCGAGUAUCUGGUCAAUAGUAGUAUACGUGAUAAAUUAGCUCCUGUAAAAUUGAAUAGAUAUGGUGAAGAUCUUUUAUUUUAUCUGUUUUAUAUGUUUAGUGGUGAUGUUUUACAAGUGGCAGCUGCUGCAGAAUUGUAUAAUAGAGAUUGGAGAUUCCAUAAAGAUGAAAGGGUGUGGAUCACUAGAGUUCCUGGAAUGAAUCCCACAGAAAAAUGUCAAACGUUCGAAAGAGGGAUGUAUUAUUUCUUUGAUGCUGACAAUUGGCGGAAAGUUGCUAAAGAGUUUCAUUUGGACUAUGAAAGAUUGGAAGAAAGACCUAAUGUGCCUCAGGCUGUAUCUACUAUCACACCAUCACAAACUGUUUUAACGUAGAGUUUAUCUUUCAUUUCUAGAAAACACAAACAAUAGAUUGAGUCAAAUUAUUCAUCAACAUUUGUCAUCAAGUCAUUUUUUGUAUAUCUUUUGAAAAUUUCACUGCUUUGCAGCACUAGGAUCAGCAUAACUCAGAGUGAAUCAAUUGGAUUUUAUACUGCCAAGAAGUACAGUGUGUACCAACUAGUAGUACAUUUCAAGAUAUGUGUUCUAUUUUCAUCUGUAUCUGCUCAAAGUUUUGAAACCUAGAAAAUAUAGUAUUGUCAUGGGAAGCUGAAGGGCAGUAUCUGCAGAAAUGAGUUUUUGAGAUAUUUGAAGAAACCUGUUUGGAUUCCUUAUGAACAGUAGCGAAAUAUUUAAAUUUGAAGUUUUUUUCUGAGCUUUAUUCUCAGCACAAACCAAAUAAGCAAGCUUGUACAAUAAAGCUGAAGUACAAUAGACGACAGAAAUGAAUAGAAAUGAAAAAUUUGCAAAUACUGUCCUUUAACUUCCCAUGUCAGAGUAGCUUUCUGUUGGUGUUAAACUAUAAGUUAGAAAUCCAGUGGAAAACUAAAUAUUUUUGCAUAUAUAAUAUGCAUUCUGAAACUUGAAGUAAUACAUAUGAUUAUGUUUUUCAUUGUAAUACCUUUCAAUUUAAAAAUCUUUCUCACUUUGGAUCUUUGUAAUACCAUAGCCCCUUGUCAUUUUGCUUUUGUUGAGCGACAAUAAAAAGGAGCCAUAUAUCCAAAAACUCAAUGUAACUGAGCUCAUUAAGAAACGAUUUUACUAAUGUUCAAGAAACUGAUAUAUGCAUUUACAAUAAAUUAAGUUUUAUCUUAUAUUAGUAAAACUUUCUGAACAAUAACAACCAAAAAAAAAAAAAAAGAUUUUGUUUCAAAAAAUAAAAUAUGAUUUAAAAUUAUUUUAACUUUUUUUUUUGGUGAAAUAAGAAUUUUUAUAGUUAUAACUUAAUAGGUUGUAAAUGCAAAAGAAUUGAAUACAGAGCUGUUUUAUUUGGAGCAAAAUUUAUUUAUUUAUUUUUGGGGAGGAAGGAGACAAAAAGCGCAAUAUGUCCCAAUGAAGGAUGUAACAAGGAGUAAUAUAACGAGGGGUUGUUGUUUUUAUGAAGUAAAAAAAAAAAGUUAUUAUUUGAAGUGGAAAAUCUCUUCAAGCAUACUGUACUAUAUUAAAUUCAUUCUACUGAAAUGUUUUUUUUUUUUAAAUUUCUAUUCUUACAAUGAAAAUUUAUUGCUAACAUUCACAGACUUAAGCAGGAAUUUAAAAUAUACUUUCCCUGUGAUGAUGAAACAGAUGGUAUAAGUAGAAAUAAUGCACCUUUAAUUAAUUUUAAUUUAUAUCCUUUUAGAAUUUCUUUUUAAUUCUAUUUAAAAUGUAGGGAUUAAAUUUUUAAUAACCCAAGAUUUGUUUUAUCAGUAAGGUGUUAAUGAAGUCCCUUGUUUAUUUGCAUCUCUUAAGUUAAAACAAAUAUUUUAAUCAUUAUUUGGAUAAUAAAUAGAAAUAGAUAUGCAGUUGAUGUUGAAUGUACAAAUUUCUCAAGUAAAUCAAUAGUUUUAUGUGAUACCCUUAAUGAAAAGGGCCCACUAAGUUGAAUACUUUUCUCAAAUGUUCUAGAUGCAAUUUUUCAGGGAUAGAAGCAUUACAGUCUGAAUUCAAGACUAAUCUUGGUUGGGGGGCGGGGGACAUUGAACAUGGUGCUUUAUGCUAUUAGAGUAUUUUGGUGAUGUUUUCAUGUAUUUUAACUGAUUGUAUAUGCAAUAUCUUUAAAUAAUCCUUAGCUCAGAGGUGAAUAUGCUGUAAAUAAAGUUUGAAAUUAUACUUAAAACAUAUUUUACGUUAUGUUAUUUAUUAUUGUUACACUUGCAAAUAUUUUAUCAACUUAUUGUUCUGGGAAUUUAAUGAGAUAAAUUUUCAUUUAAGAAAUGACUGAAUUUGCCUACUAGUUAUGGUUUAUUAAUAUUACAUGUCAUUUGCUCAAGUACAAAAUUUUAACUUUUGUCUCACAAAACAAUAGAGUAUUUUUUCCAAGUUGUAUCACUCUGUGUACAGUUGCAUUUAUUUCAUGACUUUUAUAACACUUAAAAAUAGUAAAUUUUAUAAUUUUAAUGAGUUUGAUAGAAAAAAAAGCACAUUUAAAAUUUCUUUAAAUCACUGACAAUGUUUUAUGUUUUGUAUGUGUCAUUGAGAUCACAAAAAAAUUUCAUGAUUCAGAAUUAUUGCUACGAAUCAUUGAACCCAGUGCUGUAAAUUUGUAUUUCUUUCAUAAGUGCUCAUCAUAUUUUUGU